AUGAUGCUGCGGUGCUCUGGAUUGCCAUUUCUGCCCGGUAACACAUUUCAGGACAUUGGUCGCUCCAAGUUUCACAAAUCACACCACUUUGAUCAGCGCAAUCAGGUGUGCAUUCUGGUCGAUGCCAAACGGCCCGGUAUCGGUGGAACACCGCUGCUUGCGACCGACACGCCUGAAUACACGCUGCCUUCGCUUUACCCACCAUCAUAUGGCCCAGCCCGUCCGGGUUGGUUAGAGUACGAUCGGCAGGUGUUGUGUUUCUAUGGAUACUUUCAGGAAACGCUCGGUAACGUGGACCGCAUACCGUACCAGAUCCGGAAGGUGCGCAUCCUGUACUAUCUCGAGGACGAAACGAUGCAGGUAAGCGAACCGCGAACUCUUAACUCCGGCAUACCGCAAGGUUGCCUGGUAACACGCCAACGCAUACCAAGACCUCCGCCGUAUGACAGUGAGUUCACCUCGCUGCUUGACCUAAACAUCAACCAUACGGUGCAGCUGUUCGAUCGGGUCUACACCAUCACUGGGUGUGAUGAGUUUACGCGCCGGUUCCUCAACCGGUUGGGUGUCGCCGUACCGGGAGCAAUUGAACAGCCGUGCGAUCCCGCCACCGACCUUCGAAAGCAGCAAGAUUCGGCGAAGAUGGCCAGACGGCCCGCAUACAAAAUUGAUACGUUGGGCAAAUUUCUCCAGUACGACCGGAAGGUCCUCCGGUUCAAGGGUGUUUGGGACGAUCGUGGCAGCGUGUUCGGGGACGUACACGAGCUGGACGUGCUGUAUCAUCUCAGUGACGAUACGUGCGAAAUUAAGGAGAAGCUGCCUGUCAACUCGGGCCGUGAUUCGAACGGAAUGUUUCUGCGACGGGGCCGAUUGCCGAAAACCUUCGACCAUCUACCAUCGAUGGGCGAAAGUACGCCGGUAAUGGUGCUCAAUGUUGUCGGUGGGGGCUUAAAAGGGGGUCGUUACUUAACCGAUUGUGUUGGCAUUGGCAAAUCGGAUGGGAAUUACUACCGUGAUACCGAUCUGCGCAUUGGGGCGCGAAUUAAUGUGUACGGCCGGAUGGUGCUCCUAACCGGGUGCGAUCGAUUCACCGAGAGUUACUACCGCGAGAUGUACGGGUUGGAAGAUUUCACACCCCUGUACGGGUACAGUGCACCCCGGGAACAGUUUGUGCAUAGCCGGCGCAUGGAACGCGAACUGCCACCGUUUAAUGGUUGGGGUACACACGAAGAUUCCGAGGGCAACUGUCUAACGCUCGAACCAAAACCACCCAAAAUUAACUUCCGUAAGUUUGUCGUGUACGAUCGGUGCAGUUUGCGGUUUGGUGCCCGCAUGAUAUCGAACAUACGGGAGAAUAAUGAUCGGUUCUUCGUGAUCAAUUACUAUCUCAGCGAUGAUACGAUUUCGGUGUACGAAAUUCCUAUUCGCAACUCUGGCUUUCUGGGCGGGGAAUUCAUCAAACGGCGCAGGCUGUUCCUUCCCGCACAGGAUCCCUACUGCGCUGAACGGCCCGCCUGUUACGGGCCAGAACAUUUCUAUCUGGGCGCGAACGUACGUCUCCAGGAUCAUCAGUUCCACAUUACGAAUGCUGAUAUUUAUGCGCUGCGCUUCAUGGAGCUCCACUGCGAAGAGUUCCCGCUGUCGAACUUGGGCAAGAUUGUGCGUAAGCUGCGCGAUGCGAUGCAACCGCAGUACAAACAGUACGUGGCCAAGCAUAUGGCGAAGGUAACGCAGAUGAAAAUUGACGGCCGUACGGUUAGCACGAUCCCGUACGAGGGACUGCGGGAAAUACUGAUCGAGCUGCUCGGUGAUCGUAUCGUCGAUCAGGAGAUCGUGACGCUGUGUCGGUUGUUUUCCGCCGAGUCGGAACAACCUGACCCGUGCGACCGGGAACUGGUCCGGUCGGCGGUACAUGCCGAGCUGAACCGUGCCCUGUGGAGUGAUCUGGACCGCACGAAGGAACACAUCUACCAUCUGGAACCAAUCAAUGCCGAAUGGUUGACACCGCAGCGCAUGCGUACCAUCGUGAAGGCCUGCAAGAUACCGCUGGAUAGUGUGCUAGUCGAUAAGAUGCUGCUAGUAUUAAACAAAAAUGAUGAAGGCCACAUUUCGACGGCAGAUUUUCUCACGAUGCUGGAUCCGUCCGCCAUUUCCAGCAAACCGAUACAACCACUUAAUAUAAAGCACGAUGUGUGCCACUUCACCCCGUAUCGUGUAACUGGGAAGCUGGUCAACUGGGAUGAACUCUUGGCACACAUCGACCUGGAACGGACACUGACGAACCAAACAUCCUAA